ACAUAAUAUUUGGUGAAGUGGAGAGAGAACCAGGGUUAGUUGGUUUCAGAGGCAAAAUUAGAUUGGCGUGGAUGGUCCGAUCACAUGGCCUCUUUACCUCCUCCAUAUCAGACACACCUUCCUCUAUCGCCUGACCCAGGUGAGAAACCCCCAAAUUAUGAACCCCAGUUGCCGCUGGUUCCUAUUCAUGUAGUCACUCAUGCAUCUCAGCUUCCUGCCGAGUUCCUGGAGCCAUCAGCUGAAAGGCAAUUGGUAAUUGGCUUUGAUUGUGAGGGAGUUGACUUGUGCCGUCAUGGAACACUCUGUAUCAUGCAGCUUGCAUUUCCAGAUGCUGUAUAUCUGGUUGAUGCCAUUCAGGGAGGGCCUAUGCUUAUCCAAGCCUGUAAGCCUGCACUUGAGUCUAGCUACAUCACCAAAGUUAUUCACGACUGCAAACGAGAUAGCGAGGCCUUGUAUUUUCAGUUUGGCAUCAAGUUGAACAAUGUUGUAGAUACUCAGAUUGCCUAUUCGCUGAUAGAGGAACAAGAAGGGAGGAAAAGAUUGCUGGAUGAUUAUAUAUCAUUUGUGGGCCUCCUUGCUGAUCCACGCUAUUGUGGAAUAUCUUAUCUUGAGAAGGAAGAAGUUCGAUUCCUCCUUAGGCAGGACCCCAACUUUUGGACAUACAGACCUUUAUCUGAACAGAUGGUCCGUGCAGCUGCAGAUGAUGUCCGCUUUCUUCUGUAUAUCUAUUACAAGAUGAUGGAGAAAUUGAAUCAACAGUCAUUAUGGUAUCUUGCAGUUCGAGGUGCUCUCUAUUGCAGAUGUUUUUGCAUCAACGACAACAAUUUUGCAGACUGGCCACCUCUCCCCCCUAUUCCAGCGGAUAACCUAAUAGUGGAUGGCAAUGCUCCGGAGGAAGAAAUCCUUUCAGUGCUUGAUGUUCCUCCUGGAAAGAUGGGACGUGUUAUCGGGAGAAGAGGAGCUUCCAUUUUGUCAAUAAAGGAAUCUUGCAAUGCGGAAAUUCUCAUUGGAGGUGAUAAGGGCCCACCCGAUAAGGUGUUCAUCAUAGGACCAGUGAAGCAAGUGAGGAAAGCAGAAGCCAUGUUAAGGGGGAAGAUGAUGGACGUGUACUACUAGAAACAUAUCAUGUUGUCGUCUUCGCCCCUUUCUUUAAAAAUAAAUAAAUAAAAGAAUUCUAAGAAAUUGGGUCAUCUUUUCUUUUUCUUCUUUCCGUGCUCUUUUUCUUUUCUUUCGGUACAGAACAGAACCCGUCAUCUAUUCAAAUUGUUCUGUUUAUGAAACGACA